AUGUUGGCAUUUGUUUUUGCAUACAUCAGUGCAGCGACUGCUGUAGAAGAAAAACCAAAUCUAGCUAGAGACCAUGGAUUCGAUAUCAGCAUGCACGAUAACACCAUGGCAGUAUCUACAAGUGCUUUAAAAGAAUAUCAAAAGAAAGUUUCAGUGCUUUAUAAUGAAUUUAUCAAAGACAUGAAUGAACAUCUGAGAGAAGAAAAGAAAGUCAGAAAAGUAUUUGCACAACUACGUAAAGAAAAACUGUUGAACAGUCAGUAUUCAUUGUACAGGUCUGAUGGUGCCGAUCUUUUCUCCAAGGCAACAGCAGAUAGGACUAAAUUAAUGGAGAAUUUUGUAAGAAUGUCACCAGUUUUACUUGAUGACUAUCGCAAUUUCACUCCUUGGGGUCUUGACAUGAUAAUCGACGAGGAUUUAAUAGGUCCGUCGUCAGUAUCUGAAGUGGAAAUACGCCCUCUAACAGCUCCAGUUGUUGCACUUCCAGGUGAGGAGACUAAAGAACCAGUUGUAGAGGAAGAAGUGCGUCCAAAUACGGUAGUUCCCAGUACAACAAAUGUAUUAGGAAAUGUUAUAGGUAAUGCUAUGAAAAGUAUGAACAUCCUUCAACUUACAAACACUCUGCUUGGGAAACCAGAACCUGAACAGCAACAACAAAAGCAGUCCAAUAACAAAGCUUGGGAGCAAUUGAAAAAUGUUGUAAAUGAGCGCAAUGAGGAUGACAUGCCAAUUGAAGACCUUGAACCAGGUAUUGAUGGUCACGUUGAUAUGAAAUUAGAUCAAACAAAAGCUAGAAAAAUUAUGAUUAGAGCUAAGGCAUUUGAACAUCUUUCAAAUGGAAAAGCAUGUGUUAAACUCAAAGAAAAGAACGGGGAAUUCAUUUUGAAGCCUGCACCGGCUUUACAUAAACCUAAUGCAAUUCAAGCAUAUUUUAUGGCAAAAGACCCAAACAAGGAGCAGAUGGCAUUAGUCAGACAACGAACAUCAAUUAUAACACCUACUGUGUCGUCUGAUAUGAAAGUUAACAACAAAAUACCUAUUAUGAAAUCCCUUUUGGGGCAUAAAGUUAAAAAGACAACAGUGUCAGAAAUUAUGUCGGAUGCAAGGAAUCGAAAAACAAAGCAUUAUAAAGUAGUUUUGAGAAACUAUCGAGAAGAAACUAUUGAACAGGAUGGAAAAUCGCAAGCUAAAGAUGGUACUUCAGACCAGAAUGAAAUAAGUGCUCAAUGUUCACCACGAACAUCAUCACGAAAUAAAGUAAAUAAUGUGGAUGGGGAUCCCAUUCUGAGCGAAAAGAAUUUAAAAAGACAACUUCAUCAAGAUUUAGAGCGACAUAAUAUGGAAAGUAUUCAAAAUAGAAUAAAAGUCGUCAUGGAGGCUUGGAGUAAAAAUGAAACCCCCCGACCACUAGGCGGCCUGUUAUCAAAGAAGGCCCAGGGUCAUACGACAUCUUCUAAUGAUUCAGUUUUUAUCAUCAAACCACCCACUCAAAAUGACCAUCAUCGUGAUAAAUUUUCAUCCUCUCAACACAGAGUUAAAUUCAUUGACGAUAACUCACCUUCACCAUUAAACAGAUCUGCAUCCUCCAUGUCGUUUCGAGAAUAUACGGAAAACAUGCAUGCCGAUAGAUCACCGACAGACACAAUGAGACUAAUGGUAGAAAACAAAAGACCAGAAAGUAGAUCCGAGAGUAGUUUAAGUUUUGCAACAGGCUAUGGAUCUUUAAGUAAAUUGCCAAAAAGAUCUAGAACCCCAAAUCGCCGUUUCCCCUCUAGAUUUACUCCAGUUUCUAGUAGUGAUACAUUUUCGGAAAUAAGUAUUGAUGCUCCAGCUAAAUUUCUAAGCACUAGAGAUGCACAUAAAAUGGUUAAAGAACAAAUGAAAAGAGAUAAAGAAAAGGAAAAUGCUCUAUUUUCAUUGAGGCGUAGAAUGGCUACAGCCAGUGGAAGAAAAUCCUAACACAUUGAUUACAAAAUUCGCAUAUUUUAUAUAUGAAAAUAUAUUAAAAUAUUCCAAACAGCUUCAUAAAAUUCAAAUAGUAGAAAUAAAAAUUUGGGCCAUUUGAUUUUUUGGUAAAAUAAGUUCACAAUUUACUUUUCUGUAAAUCUUUUAUUCAAACCAUUACGGAUGGACCUGCAUAACAUAUUUUCAACAACACUAUUUCAGUGUGAUAUCCGCAAUCAAAAAACUGUUGAGUCAAUUAGUUCUGUUCAAAAUUCAAAAGUUUUAUCACAAUUAAAGUAUAUUUAAGAACAAAUCCACUUACCCGUGUUUAAAAUCGUUCGGAUCUCUCCGAAGAAAGGAGGACGUUCGAUAAUGCCCAAAUUUUAUCCCUAUUACUAGCUUAAUUUUCAUAUUAGGAUAUAAUGGUCAUUAUCAAAAUUUAAUAUUCCUUUAACAAUGACUAGAUAGGAAAUAGAUGUUUUGUUUGAAAAUAUAUAUGCAUCAGCGUUCUUUUUAUGACGUCAUUGUUAUCAUAAAUCGGAAUUGUCAAGGAAAACUCUCCGCAAUUUUCGUAAUAAUAGAUUUUUGGAACCAGUAGUAUUUAGCGCAUGCGUCGAAACCAAAUUUGUUUUUAACAUUAUUUUUGUUAUAGUAAUGAACUAUCUAAAUUGAUAGACAAGUGACAUACACAUUAAAAAUUCAUUUUUAAUUCACCCAUCGAACAUACGGCUCAAUCAUAUACCAUUCGAAAGCAUAUCGUCAGCACUAUCAUUUUUGCUCGGUCGUCAAAUAUUCGUGUGGUGUUAUUUCCCUUAAAUGACGACGAAAGGCCAAGGACGGACACAAAAUGUCAGCAUUUUGUAUAUUCUGUCUUCUGAAUAAUAACAUUAUGGACAUAUUUUUUUUUAGAGCAGACUGAGGUUUAAAAUCAGUUAUCUAACGCAUUUUAAAAUAUUAAUGACGUAUUUUUAAUAAAAGCAUCUUUUUCUGAAAUUCCAGUGAACAUGAUACAAAUGAAUAAAAACCAAAAAUUUG